AUGUCUAAACGCGAGAUCGCGUUCGAACAGCAUAAACCUGCACGAACAAAUUUUGUUAGACGAAUAGUUAAUGUUUAUGGGAAAAAUGAUUUAUGGCAAACCGACUUGGCCGAAAUGAUACCGUACUCUAGGAAAAAUAGGGGUUACAAAUAUAUAAUUAUCGAUUGUUUUACGAAAUAUGCAUGGGUUAUACCUCUAAAAUCGAAAACGACGAAAGAAAUCACUAUUGCAAUGUCUAGAAUAUUAAUUAAUCGUUCGCCCAAGUUAUUACAACUUGACAAUAGAAAAGAAUUCUAUAAUACAGCGUUUGACGAGUUAAUGAAAAAAUAUGAUGUUAAAAAGUAUUCGAUCUUUAGUACUACUAAACAUGUAUUGUGGAGCGGUUCAAUUGUAUGCUAA